ACAUUGUCGUAUUAAGUCCAUGGUUGUGCUCAAUUCUAUUCACAUGUUGAGGUUGAAUAUCCAGCGUAUGUUGCAGGGAGAGCAACCCAAGCAGAAUUUAUAAAUGGUGUUUCGAUUUUAAAAAGGGUUUUAAAAGUCAAGUUUUGUGACUGAGAUUAACCUGUGCCCCCCUCAGUGCCAGCCUCAUCACAUGUCUGUGAAAUAAUGCCCCCUAGUGGACAAUAAUUGCCUGAAGGUGUGAAGGCCCUGAGUUCGUGAUUGACUCAGAACCAUUGGCAUGUCAUUCAAAUGUUUAUGCGUUGGAGGCUAUGCCUCAGAUUAUCCCUCUCAUAUUUAACUGUAUCAUUUAAUAAUACAAUAGUUUUCACAAGUGACUGGCUUGUCCAAAAGUUCCUCCAACUUUACGUGUGUGUCAAAGAAUGUCUGGAAAUGUAUAUUGUCCAUACAUGAGACAAGUAUAAUCAAUGAUGUUGAUAUUUUGGAAUAAUGUAGUGAUUAUCGUUUGACAUGGUCUGCAGUAUAAGUAAACAUAUUAGUAAUCUUGUGAAAUAUUGCUCUCUAGUGGUAGACAGAGUGUAUUGUAUUGCUUAGUGCUUGUAGUGGUAUACUGUGUGGCUGUUAUCUAAAAUGAGCAGAUUAAGGCACGUUAUAAAACAGAGUCUGGGAAGACAAAGAUUCCCACUUGGAACAAAGGUUUCCUGGCGUGAAAGCUGCCUUGACAUUCAAGUUCCCCCCAAAUUGUGUGCAUCUGCAGCAUUAACUAAGGAAAGGAUUUAUCAAAUUUCCUUUUAUAGUCAAAUAUUUCUGACUGAAAUAACAUUAAAAUUGCUAAAUUAAUAACAAUGGUGGUUUCAGCUAGAAUUUUCAGAUCAAAGAUGACAUGAGUAUAAUCAUUUUUAAGCCUGUAUCUAGUAACCCUGGAGUGUUAAAUGGGAGAUACAUAUCACUCACAGUCAUUCUUUUGCAAAGUUAGGCCCUGUUCGUCAUUAACUGCUUACAUGCACAGCCUGGAGAGUCUUGUGACUCUUAUUAUUGCCUUAUUAUUAUCAGAGCGCCAACAAUGCAUCUUCUGGUUCGCCACUGGGUCUGUUUGAUGAUUUUCCAGUGUUAAUCAGUGACUGCCUCGGGGCGGGAGAGGACUUGUGAAUCCCUAGGGGGCUGGUUUGUGACAUGGUUCAGAGGGAUUCUCGUGGGGAUUUGGUGUGAAAUCCUGGCCCAAGGAGACAAGAGGGAGAGCAAUCUAGGCUAUUUCUAGACCCCAUUAUCAAAAUUGCUCUGAUAAUCUGUCAUAGCACAUGAUCCCCAAUUCAUUCAUCACUGAUCUGGCCCAGUGCAUUUACCUUACUCAGACUCUAAUGCUCAUGACAUCUGAUUCCCAGCCAAGGGUCAUCCCACAUACACUGUGCACAUGCGCACGCGCACAUACACACACACACACACACACACCCGUGCGCACACACACACAGUUGCACAUUAUUCCAGUCAACAAUCAUUCCAUUCAUGAAGUUAUACUUUAAGCACAAUGUACAAAAUGUAAUUAAAUAAAACAAAUAAACAAAAAAAUCAUGUUAGAAAAAUUCACGUUCUGUUUUGAAAAUUCACAUUGUGUUAGAGGGAUAUGGAUAUGUAGCAUAUUCAAAAAAGGCUGCUUUGAAAGAGUCUGCAUUUCAGAAACAGUUUAGUACAGGAAACCCGCCCAAAGAGAGCAGUAUCUGUUACGCAGAUCAAUACGUGGUAUCUAUUACACAAAUCGAUUAUACAUUUAGGCUAGUUGGGAAAUUGGCAAUUAGUGGGGGGCUGAUAAAGGCUCUCUGAAACUUGUGGGGGUAUUCGUUCUUUUUGUGCUGCUUAAUAUGAGAAGAAUUCGCAAUCAGUUCGCACAAUGUUCUGACAAAUUCGUGAUUUAAUGUGUCUUACUGAACAGAAAUGAUUUGUGUGAGAUGGUAUGCGGGGGCUAGGUUUAUAGCCUACAGGAAGAAUACUCGUAGGCCUGUGAAAGUGAUAUGGCGGUAAGUGCCUAAACUCAAAGUCCCGCUGACGAUGUAAAUAGGGCUUCAGGCAGUAGGCAUAAUGCAAUGAAGCAUCUUUCACUGUUUUCACUGUUUUACAAUAUCAGCGUCUUUUCUGACAUGAGCUUUAUAACGCAAGCGGCAGUAGGCUAAUCUUACGGUGCAGUGUUUGUUAAUAACAAACAAGUAGCCUUCUUAGCAAGAUAAACCAAUUACGGAAUGUGCCAUUUACUUUGUUAUGCAUCUGUUAAUAGUACCCUGUACGGGUGUAGGCCUAUGCUAAGGUUAAUAGGAAGGGGAUUUAGCGUGCUUUAGGGAACUGAUUCGAACUUGACUGUCUGAGAGCCUUGUACUCGCUAACCCUGUGAGUCGACGCAGCUUUAAUCACAGCACCAACGCGCUUCUGUUGCCUCCCCAAUACGCCACCAGUGCGCUCAGAGCAGUCUACAGGAAACUUGUCAGAUUCGAAUACCAGACUAAAUCUGCAACUGCUGAAGAGGAAGGGAUACCGGUCGAUAAGCGGGAACAACUAUCCGUCGGACAUGAACAAAUGGAAUAACCGACACGCGUUGAUCAGGAGGAAAAGACAAAGACGUUUAUUUUGAUUGUUUUAUACCUUAUCAUCCAUAUGAAGAAGACAAACAUUGGGGAGAGCGUUUGCAUCCUCGCACUACUGUUGUCGACUUUGGUGACAGGUGGUGUCAAAGGCAGAACUCCUCUCACGGAUGAUGUGGGUACACUAGACGUGUUGAAAGGAAACAUUCCCAGGGACUACAGAAUCCUAGUUAAUCACACUCCCAAGGCAGUGGCAGGAAAGUGCUGGCUGCAGUUAAACAUUUACCCUGUGGAGAAAAGCCUCAAGCAGCUAGCCCACAAGUUCAAUAACCUGUCAAUCAACCGAGAGAACAUCACCAUUUUCAUCACUAUGCUCCAAGGUCUUCGCUUCAUGCUUGGCAACGAGGAACUGGAUUUAGCAAUGCAGGCAUUCGAGUGCCAUUUCAGGACAGCACAUUGGCCAACUGAGCUCUACUUUGAUCACGUAAAAGAGGUUUUCAGUGCAGCUGCCAAUGUUUCUGGGAUAUUGGAGUGUGCCCCACCGCCCUGCCCAUCCACUUUACCUCCCUCUGCCACAACAGGUCAUGAAAGGCAGUAUCACAUUGGGGAGAGUUUGAAGAGAAGCCUUCCAGUCCUGCUACUGGUCCCUGUUUUGUUUUUACUGUUUCUGGGCGCAUGGAUGGUAGUACAGAGGAGAAGAGUCUGUAUGAACAACUCUAGCAGAGGUGAAGCAAGAAGUCCCCAGAGUGAAGCUGCACUGAGAGGCCCUGAGCCCCAGCACAGAGCUGCGCAGGAGGGCCCACUGGAACUCUCACCUAUGACUCAGGGGAGUACCAUCUCACUCCACAGAAGGAUACCAGAACUAUUUUGAAUGUGCAUCUAAACCACCUAAACCAAAAUGAACAAUGUCAUUAUUUGAAGAGAAGGGAGAGUGCCGUGGUGAUGGAGAUGUUGGAGGUGAUGGAGGAUUCAGCGGUAUGAGCUCUAGCAUUCAAGCAGGAACCUGGGAUCCGCCGCAGGGGAGGCCAGCCGUGAGGGCAGGGUGGGAGCAGGAAUGUACUCCAGAGAUACCUCACGUUACGCCACACUAUGGCGCAACAGCGCACCAAUACCCCCUCAGGGGGAUGAUGUGGUGAUGAGAGAAUGCCAUGCAGAGCCAUCGUGGAAUGAAUAACCACUCAGAACUCCUGAACAGAACCACGCCCCAGCCAGAGAUUGAUUUGCAUAUCUGUAACUAACCCGCAGGCCCUCAAAACAACAGGAAGGAGCCUUUGAGAAAGACUCAGCCAAUGAAGAAACUUGAAUUUUUUUUUCUUCAGCCACUCUGGAAGUGUCUGAAAAUAUGUGCAUGUGUGUCUGUGCACUUGUGCACCUGUAUAUGUUUGUAUGUGUGUGGUGUGUGUGUGUGUGGAAAGGGGUGGGUGCUAUUAAGUGGCAGUGUUUCGUGGGAGAGAGGCAUCUGUUUGGCUGCCUGCGGCGACCUCCGCUGAGACAGUAGCCAUCAUCUGGCCAGCCCCUGCAGGCCGGAGUUGGGUCUCAUGAAAGGCUUUUUGUAAACAGCUUCUGUCCUCCAGCUCUGCAAUCAGUUUAUGAUCCUGUUCUGUUUCACCGAAAGACAGAGAGGGGGGGGGGUGAGAGAGAAAGAAAUCCCCCAGAACGGUCUGGAACGGCCCAGAACAGAGUGUCUGCUUGUCCAGAUCUGUGUUUUGGCUGGGUGCGAUCACGAACAUGGCCCAUUGAUGUUUUUCAACACAUACCAGAUAUGUGGAGCAUAUUUGGUAUGCCUCUUGUCUCGCCCCCUUGCAGCCCUGGUGCUUCAGCUGUGUGUAUGUGUGUGUGUGUGUGUGUGUGUGUGUGUGAGAGAGAGAGGGAGAGCAUCGUUGCAAUGUUCAGCUAACUGAUAGACUUUGAACUGAAUGGAUCAAAUUUGUCUGAAUGGGACCACAGAGGCCAAGACAUUAAUCAGUGCAGUGUGUGAGACUGAUCUCAUUUCACUGACUCAUUGGCGCACACACACACACACACACACACACAGAACCAACAAAUUCACGUAAAACGCACCACUUAAGAACUCACACGCACACAGCCCACCAGAGGCCAAGGACUAAGACUCAUAGCAGUUCAUAACAUAAGGAGUCACAUGGGAAAACGCGUUGGGCAAUGACUAAAAAACACGAUCCAGUGAAUCAUAGCCUUUGAUAGAUCUCUGUCUCUAUUCCUUCCCUCCCUCCCUCUGUUCUCCCUCCCUCCUUUAAUGUGAUGGCCAUCCACGGCCUCAUUGUUUCCCAGCAUGACAGGCCUGUCUG